AUGGCCUCCGAUAAUACAGAUCGUCCCCCGCGAGACCCCGCGCCCAAAGGAAAAUCCCGCAAAACUGACCCGAACGCUCCGGUUCGCAAACGCCGCAAGAGAACAGUGGUCAGCGGAGCUCCCGAUGAUUGCUUUGCCUGCGCCAAACGAGGAGCACGGUGCGAUCGGCGCCGACCCUAUUGCUCCCAGUGCCUCGACCUCGGCCGCGAAUGUUCCGGAUACAAGACAACGCUAACAUGGGGCGUCGGGGUUGCAAGCCGAGGGAAACUCCGAGGCCAGAAGCUCCCGGUGAUGGAAUCGGAGGCAAAAUCGUCGGGAACAUCUGCGAAAUCACCAGCGAAAGCGUCAAGUACUAGCGGUCCCUCAUCAUCGCGGGUUCCUGCAAAUGCUUCGGCCCCCAAGCCCCCGGCCGCUGGACCAGCAAUGACAUCGUUUGGCGCAAGGAGUCCAAAAGUGAAGCUUGAAUAUAGUCCGCCUAUAAUACCAGAUGCGCCCGAGAUGUCUUCAAACAUGGCCUGGGCGAUGGACAUGCCGGACCCACAAUCGUGGUCGAGCACGUGUACUGUUCCACCCUCGAUCUCAGGUUUACCGGUAUCAAGUCGACCAAUGAUUCCAGAUACUACUAGCCAGGCCAUGGCUCCGGGAACACCCUUGCUAUAUGCACCCAUUCUGAGCCCGACGGCUAGUUUUGGCUCCCCGGUUUGGCCAAUUGCAGGUUCAUUAUCAGGUCAAGCUGCUACUCCCCCAGCGUCACAGGAGACUGACGAAGAAGAUGUCAAACACGACCCUAAUUAUAAUGUGCUCUGGAAUGCCGCUCACUCUCCGUCUCUCUCUCAGCUUCUUCUAGCACGAUCUGUAGGGCGGACUCCGCGCAUUCGUUAUCUCAUCAGCUAUUAUGCCGAGGUCAUUGCUCCCAUGAUCGUUGCUUUUGAUACCCCGACAAAUCCAUUCCGAAUUCAUGUCAUACGCUUAGCGAUGGAGAGCGAGGCUCUACAAGAGGCAAUUGCAACACUGGCUACGAGUAACUUGCGCCAAAGGCGAGAGCACAAUCACCUCUCCACAGAAAGAACCUUGCCAGCGCGCAUGUCAUCAAUGGCUCACCGCGCCCUCACCGAUGAAGAUUUCCAAGAUCGAUAUGGCAUAUCAAUGGUUGAGGGAUAUAUGAGGGAAGAAAAUCACCAUCGAGGCAUGGCCGUCAAGGCUUUAAACGCCGACCUGGCCGAUCCUCGUCGCAGAUUAUCCGACUCCGUUCUGGCAACUUUGUUAAUUCUCUGUCUUUUCCACGGCUGCGAUACUGGCGUUGCCGGAUUCCGCGCACAGUUCGCUGGAGUGACAAGGCUUCUUGCGAUUCGGAUGCGCCAUUCCCCCGUCAUCACAGAAGAUCUUAAAUGGUUCAUCCGCAUGUUCUCGUGGUUUGAUACCUUGACGGCAACCACCAAUGACCGUGAUGUGCAACUCCGCGGAACAUGUUUGGAAAUCAGCUCUACAACCGAUGGAGAAUGGGGCCUGGAAAACCUGGCUGGCUGUGAUGGUCGCCUAUUCAAGCUUAUCUCUCAGCUGGGACGCUUGAAUCUACUCAGCCAGGAUCAAGAGCCCAACCUAGCGCGCCCAAGGGACGCUGCUGUCUCCACCACGUCUCUCCCUCCUAAUAUGCUGUUCCCUGGUUGGGAAACCGUUGUUCCAAAUCCAGGAUCAGGCUCCGUACCGGAAUACAGGUUUUCUCUUCCCACGCCGCCUCAAAGCAGUGACUCAUCCCGUCGACCUUCCUCCCCAGCAUUCUGGUCAGAGUGGUAUUCGCUCAGGCAGCGACUUGAAUCCUGGCGAUUCGACCCACCUGCUGCGCCUGCUGAAACCUCUUUCCCCUCUCCGCCCUUAUCUGCAUCUACAAUGACCUGGAACUCUACCACGUAUAUUACGCCACCAACUUCUACAUCCGCAUAUCAAGUCGCGCCCGAGAACCUUCAGGACGUAUACCAGAUCUCGGAAUGCUUCCGUCAUGCUGCUCUUCUGUACUGUGAGCGUCUAGCUGAGCCGACCCUUCCAUCACGCCAUGGUCGUAUCCAGCACCUCGUCCAGCUUGCCAUGCAUUGUAUUAUCACUGUACAAUCAGACGUGUAUCUUCUCUGGCCACUGUUUAUUGUUGGCUCCGAGUGUGUCCAGGACGACCACCGUGCAAUCAUUCGCAACCGCUGCAAGGAUAUCUCCAAGGAUUCUGGUUUCAUCAAUAAUCUAUCCUGCCUGGGGCUCCUUGAACGGAUCUGGGCCGAGAAUUCCGAUGAAUCUUCGUUCCCAAUCUAUCCGAGCGGGAUUGGUCCCCCGCCUCCACUGGCUGGUGGCAGGGCGCCAGCUCCCUCUCAGGCUUUCAGGUGGUCCCGUGUUAUGCAGGCCAAGCGGGGCGACGGAGAGUAUAUGGUUGCAUAG